AUGAGAAAUUGCUCUAAAGCACAAGUGUUGACACUUAAGUCCAAUGUGUCGAGGAUGAUUGAUUUCCCAUUGGAGAAAGAUAGGGGCUGGGUCCAUUCUAAGAAAUUGGGGAUCCUGGUGGAGAGAUACAACUACUGCUCUAGUCCUGAUCCGGAUCAUGGAACAGAGUAUAGAGAUUUAUAUGUGCUGAGAGGAAGUCUAUCUGUAGCGGAGAGAGGAGAGUACUGUGUUGAUAUGGUGGUUUGGUGCGCGAACCAUGAAAAAGAAGAUAAAGGUAGAAUCAAAUCUUGGAGCCAGAUCUUGAGGCUCAAGGCAUCCGAUAUUGAAAGGGCAACGCGUUGGAAGGUCAGUGAGUUUCGGGUAGUAACUGUGUUAAACCAGGCGGGAUCAUUGCUUGUAAAAGUGAUGACAAGUAAAGGAGAUUUAAAACUAUGUGAAUACAACUUGGAGGAGGGUAAAGUGCGCAAGGUUGAAGCUAGUUUGCCCAUCAGUUUCUGUUAUAAUGUCAAAAUGAAGGAGUAUAUUGCAACUCUUGUUCCUACUAAAGCUUACUAA